AUGGCGACAAACUUUGACAUGAACAACAUGACCGUGGAACAACUUAUGGCACUUAGUGAGAUAGUUGAUGAUAGCGAUAUAAGUGAUUUCGAGGAUGAAGUUGAGAGAAUAUCUGAGGACAAAUUCUAUCGAGUUGCACCUAAGGAUAAGGGUAAAGAUCUCUUUGAAGGAGAAAGACAGUUCAUAGAUGAAGGAGAUCGUUCUACUGACCCAAGAAGAGCACGAAGACGACCAUUGAAUGAGAAGGGUGAGAGGGGAAUUAUGCCGACGUGGAAAUAUUCCGAGAGACAGAAGGCAAAGGCUUUGCUGGUUGAGGAGGCAUAUCAAAGUCUACUCAGUCAGGGAGUUGAGGGUUUACCACCAACAAUGGGAGGUAGAUGGAGAACUGAUGAUCCUCAAGUUAAUGCGGAGAUGAAGAGGCUAGAGAAUAUUAGGAAUCCUAAACGUCCCAGGGGAAAGCCGCCAAAGGCUAAAUCUGAUGCCAAGGUUGCAAUUCCAAAGAAACGUGGAAGACCAGCAAAGGCUAAGGUUGACACCAAAGUAGUAAUUCCAAAGAAACGUGGAAGACCACCAAAGGUUAAGUCUGAGGCUGAGGUUGUGAUUCCAAAGAAACGUGGAAGACCACCAAAGGUUAAGAAGCAAAGUGUCGCGGAGAGAUUCAUGAGUCAAAACAAAAUAAAACUCUCGAUUCCUGCAGAUAGUGUGAUAACUCAGGUGGGACCUAAUAAGUACACGGUGACGGUGGACCUAAGCAGAAGACCAACAAGGAAAGCUCCUGAGGUACCGAAAGGUGUAACUCCAUGGAGACCCGUUCCUAAGCCAAAAACAGUGUUCCCUAGAGAGAGACCUGUUCCUAAGCCAAGGACAGUGUUCCCUAGAGAGAGACCUGUUCCUAAGCCUAGAACUAAAAAGCCAGUGCCUCCUCCAAAGUUAAGAAAGCCCGUAAAGGUAAUGAAAGAAGUUGAGGAACAGCCUCCUGUGGUCGCCCCACAGGAACACGAGAUCGAUCCAUUUGGAACGUAUCUUGAGAAGCCUUCCUAUAGAAAGAUAGAAACUGCCGCAAAUGGUGCAGUGGUGACUUACUCAAUAACUCCAAACUUUAUGGAUCCCUUGGACCAGAUGACAGCAAGUAGGCAGGUUGUGAGGGGAAUUCUAAUGAACGAGUUGAAGAGAAUGGGAGGUCUAAAAUAUACGGAGACAAUUAAGGUGAGAAUGUCCAAGGAAAUCGGAAAUGAUAAAACAAAGAAGGAUUCAGUGUACUUUAAGUCAAAAACUGGAACUGCAACUAACUUUGAGGAUAUUGAAAGCACUGCAGCUCAGAACCAACUGACUAUCUUAUCCAGAAUUGAAACUUUCCAGAACUUAGGUUCAAAUUGGAUUAUUCUGAACAUUGAAAGUCAUUAUGUUAAUAUUGCAAUGUACAAACCUCUCAAGGGUAGUUCAUAUAUGAAAUUACCCGCAGACAUUAGUAAUCCAAAAUGCGGCUUAAUUAAUAUGCAAAACAAGGACGAAAAAUGCUUUAUGUGGUGUCAUGUGAGACAUUUGAGACCAAAGGCUAGGAGGGCAACUGCCAUAACAAAGCAAGAUAGGGAGUUCGCGGAGAACCUGGAUUAUGAAGGUAUUGACUUUCCUGUCAAGAUAAGCGAUAUCAACAAAAUUGAAAGAAGAAAUUCAAUAAGCAUCUCAGUAUUCGGUUAUAAGGGAAAAAAGCAGUUCUACCCAAUCAGGAACUCUAAGACAAAAUAUGAUGAGCAUAUGGAGUUGCUGCUGUUAGGUGACAACAACGGUGGUAAUCAUUAUGUCCUAAUAAAGGAUGUAAAUAGAAUGCUCUUCAGUGUUAGCGGUAACUCAAACAAAAAACACUUCUGCUUAUAUUGCCUCCAUAGUUGCACUAGUGAGGAAACAUUAAAGAAACAUAGUGAGACAUGUGUUAGUGUAAAUGGAACUCAGGCCACGAAGCUUCCCAAUGCUGGUUCAAAAAUAAAGUUUGGUCAUUAUAGAAAUUCAAUGCCUGCUCCAUUUGUAAUCUAUGCUGACUUUGAAUCUAUGCUUGUUCCUGAGGAAAGGAAAGUGGAAUCUGAAGACCCUGAGGAGAAGAGUUCAACUGAGCUUUACCAGACACAUAAAGCUUGCAGUUUUGGGUUGAAGACAGUGUGUCACUAUGAUGAUCAGUACUCAGGCGAAUAUACGAGUUACGUUGGUGCAGACGCUACAGAGGUCUUUCUGAAGACAAUUCUGAAGGAGUCUAUCAGGUGCCGGGAAAUGGUGAACAAAAUCUUCAAGAAAAAGAUGGUAAUCACACCUGAACAAGAAGCUGAGUUCUGGAUGACAAGGAACUGUUCCAUUUGUGGAUGCGACUUAGGUGAUGACAGAGUCAGGGACCAUGAUCAUGUAACUGGACUUUACCGCGGAGCUGCUCAUAAUAUGUGUAACUUGAAAUAUAGAAUUACAUGGAAACUUCCAGUGGUCUUCCAUAAUCUAAGAGGUUAUGAUAGUCAUCUGAUAAUGCAGGAGAUUGGCAAGUUUAAGAUGAACAUUAACGUUGUCCCAAAUAACAUGGAGAAAUACAUUUCCUUCUCAUUAGGAAAAAGUCUUGUGUUCAUUGAUUCCAUCCAAUUCAUGGCUUCUUCUCUAGAGGCACUUGUGAAUAACCUUUCACCUGAAGACUUCAAGAUAGUCGGUAAGAGGUGGCAAGGUGAGGACUUUGAUCUAGUACGACAAAAAGGAAUAUUUCCCUAUGAAUACUUAGAUGACAUCAGCAAACUAGACUCUGAGGGGCUUCCAAGUAAAGACAAGUUCUAUUCGUCUCUAUAUGAAUCUGAAGUGAAAGAAGAAGAUUACCAAAAAGCGCAAAAAGUUUGGAAUCACUUCAAGAUGAAAACGAUGAGGGACUACCACGAUCUUUAUCUAGAGACUGACGUUCUUCUGCUAGCGGAUGUCUUUGAGAAUUUCAGGAAGACCUGCCUGGAGAAUUACAAGCUUGACCCUGCUCAUUACAUCUCAGCACCUAGUCUAAGUUGGGACGCGUUCUUAAAACAGUCAGGUGAGGAAAUAGAAUUGGUAAGCGAUAUGGAUAUGUUCCAGUUCUUUGAGAAGGGAAUGAGAGGUGGGGUAAGUCAUAUUGCUCAUAGACACUCUACGGCGAAUAAUAAGUAUAUGGAAACGUAUGACGAAGAAGCUAAAAACAAGUUCCUUAUGUACCUCGACGCCAACAAUUUAUAUGGCUGGGCGAUGUCUCAACCUCUUCCUAAUGGAGAGUUUAAGUGGAUCGAGGAAGUUGACAAAAUAAAUAUUGAUGACUACUUAGGAGACAGUGGAAGGGGUAUGGUUCUUGAGGUUGAUAUGGAAUAUCCAGCAGAACUUCACGACCUACAUAAUGGUUAUCCACUAGCUCCAGAAAGUAAGGAGAUUGAUGCGUCAAUGUUAUCAGACUAUGCAAAGGAUAUUGCUGAUAAAUUCCAGCUGACAAUUGGAGGUGUAAGAAAACUGGUAAACUCACUUGGUCCCAGGAAGAAUUACGUUCUACAUGUCAGGAAUCUGAAACUCUACAUGGAACUCGGAAUGAAACUUAUGAAGGUUCACAGAGCAGUCUCCUUCAAGCAGUCAACUUGGCUGAAAAAAUAUAUUGACUUCAAUACUCAAAAACGAUCAGUCGCUAAGAAUGCGUUUGAGAAAAACUUCUUCAAGCUAAUGAACAAUUCCAUCUAUGGAAAGACUAUGGAGAAUUUGAGGAAGAGAGUUGAUGUGAAACUAGUGUCGUCGGAAAACGAUCUCCUUAAACUAACUGCGUCUCCAUGCUUCCAGUCACAUAGGAUUAUGAAUGAGAACCUGAUCGUGGUAAAGAGAAUGAAGGAAGUGUUAACCUUGAAUAAGCCGUGUUAUGUGGGAAUGAGUAUCUUAGACUUAUCCAAGACUCUAAUGCACGACUUCCAUUACAACACGAUCAAAAAGGAGUACGGUGACAAGUCGAAGCUCCUAUUCACAGACACUGACAGUCUAAUGUAUGAGAUUAAGACUGAUGACGUGUAUGAGGACUUCAAGAGGAUCGGUGAGAAGGAAGACUGUUGGGACAACUCAGAUUAUCCGAAAGAUUCUCCGUAUUACUCAGCUCAUAAUAAGAAGGUAAUUGGAAAGUUUAAGGAUGAAGCUGCAGGAGUGCCGGUGAUAGAAUUCGUAGGGUUAAGGUCAAAGAUGUACUCCUAUGUGAAGGAGAGUGGUGGAGGUGGAAUGACAGCAAAAGGUGUGAAAAAGUAUGUGAUCAGAAACAAGCUCACUCAUGAAAACUUUAAGAACGUGAUUAAGACCAAAGGUAGGAUGAGACAUAAGAUGAACACAAUCCGAAGCAUCAAGCAUAAGAUUGGAACCUACCAGCUAAAGAAAAUUAUACUCAGCUGUUUCGAUGACAAAAGAUACCUACUUGAAGAUGGUGUUACAAGUUACGCUUACGGACACCACUCAAUAGGAAAAGUAAAUUGUUAAAUAAUGUUGAAAAAAUAAUGCUGAAAAAUAAUAGAAAAAUAAUAGAAAAAAUAAUGCCAAAAAUAAUAGAAAAAAUAACGCCAAAAAUAAUAGAAAAAAUAAUGCCAAAAAUAAUAGAAAAAAUAAUACCAAAAAUAAUAGAAAAAUGGUCUAGAAAAAUAUGAGCCCGCGUUUUUGAGGGAAAAAUACGGAAACCGCUGACCGGAAGUUGGGAGAGAUCGCGGGCCGAAAAAGUGGUCUAGAACCAUCAUUCCCUAUACUACUGUGGAGUGUUAUAGAUAGAUAUGGAGUGUUGUAGAUACCUAUGGAGUAUUAUAGAUAGCUAUGGAGUGUUAUGGAUACAAGUGGAGUGUUAUAGAUAGCUAUGGAGUGUUGUAGAUACCUAUGGAGUGUUAUAGAUAGCUUAGGAGUGUUAUGGAUACCAGUGGAGUGUUAUAGAUAGCUAUGGAGUGUUGUAGAUGCCUAUGGAGUGUUAUAGAUAGCUAUGGAGUGUUAUGGAUACAAGUGGAGUGUUAUAGAUAGCUAUGGAGUGUUGUAGAUACCUAUGGAGUGUUAUAGAUAGCUUUGGAGUGUUAUGGAUACCAGUGGAGUGUUAUAGAUAGCUAUGGAGUGUUAUGGAUGCAAGUGGAGUGUUAUAGAUAGCUAUGGAGUGUUAUGGAGUGUUAUGGAUACCUUUGGGUGUUAUAGAUGGCUAUGGAGUGUUAUGGAUACCAGUGGAGUGUUAUAGAUAGCUAUGGAGUGUUAUGGAUACCAGUGGAGUGUUAUCGAUAGCUAUGGAGUGUUAUGGAUACCAGUGGAGUGUUAUCGAUAGCUAUGGAGUGUUAUGGAUACCAGUGGAGAGUUAUCGAUAGAUAUGGAGUGUUGUAGAUACCUAUGGCGUGUUAUAGAUAGCGAUGGAGUGUUAUGGAUACCAGUGGAGUGUUGUCGAUAGCUAUGGAGUGCUAUGGAUACCAGUGGAGUGUUAUCGUUAGCUAUGGAGUGCGAUGGAUACCAGUGGAGUGUUAUAGAUAGCUAUGGAAUGUUAUGGAUACCAGUGGAGUAUUAUAGAGAGCUAUGGAGUGUUAUGGAUACCAGAGGAGUGUUAUCGAUAGCUAUGGAGUGUUAUGGGUACCAGUGGAGUGUUAUAGAUAGCUAUGGAGUGUUACGGAUACCAGUGGAGUGUUAUCGAUAG